AUGGGCUCCAAGGUUUUCGCUGCUCUUGUGUGGUGCUUCGCACUGGUGGUGGUCAGUGCCUUACCAUACGGCCAUCAUGGAUAUGGUCAUGGGGGUCACAGUGCUUCCAGUCACGCUUCAGUGCAUUUAGUCUCACACGACGAUCAUCACGAUCACCAUGGAGACGGACACGGACAUGGACACGAUGAUGGACAUGACUCACACGCUGAGUAUCACUUCAAUUACGGCGUUAAGGAUACGAAGACGGGUGAUAUCAAAGAGCAGAGUGAACAUCGUCAUGGUGAUAAGGUCUCCGGACAUUAUGAACUGAUUGAAGCGGAUGGUCACAAGAGAACUGUGCACUAUACGGCUGACAAACACAGAGGUUUCCAUGCGGUGGUACAUCGUGAACCCACACACCAUCAUGUAGCGGAUCAUGGACACACCAGCUACCAUGGCGGACACGCUGAGGUUGAAUCGCACGAUGGUUUAGAUGGUGGGGAUGCUGGCUACGGUCAUGAUUAUGGGCAUGGUUAUGGACACGAUCACGGACAUGGUCAUUCCAGCGGCUUUUCAAUCAAACAGGAACAUGGUGUUGCGGUUCAUCAUUUCGGUGGACAUGGUGGUCAUUAA